GUGCAGAAUUGAGGACCCACGUGCCUCUGUUCCCCUUGGCAACCCAGGGCUUCUAAACGCCCUGCUCCGCUCAAUCCUCCGGUGGCUACUCCCCUCGCCCCUGAGGGUAUUCUCUUCACCACCGCCAUGGCAGAGUUGGGCCUAAAUGAACACCAUCAAAAUGAAGUUAUUAAUUACAUGCGUUUUGCUCGUUCAAAGAGAGGUUUGAGACUCAAAACAGUAGAUUCUUGCUUCCAUGACCUCAAGGAGAGCAGGUUGGUGGAGGAGACCUUUACUAUGGAUGAGGUCUUGGAAGUCCUGGAUGGGCUACAGGCAGUGGUGCACAGUGAGGUGGAGUCUGAGCUCAUCAACACAGCUUAUACCAAUGUGCUGCUUCUGCGGCAGCUGUUCUCACAAGCUGAAAAGUGGUACCUAAAGCUACAGACAGAUAUCUCGGAACUUGAAAACAGAGAACUAUUAGAACAAGUUGCAGAAUUUGAAAAAGCAGAAUUUACAUCUUCAAAUAAAAAGCCUCUCAUAGAUAUCACAAAGCCAAAACUUGUUCCCAUUAAUGAAGGUGGAACAACAGAACUCCUAAACAAGGAAAUUUUAAGACUUCAAGAAGAGAAUGAGAAAUUGAAGUCAAGGCUGAAGAUAAUUGAAAUACAGGCUACAAAUGCUCUGGAUGAAAAGUCAAAACUAGAAAGAGCACUUCAAGAUUUACAGAUUGAUCAAGGAAGUCAACAGGAUUUUAUAAAGGCCCAUAACUUAAAUGUCUUGGAAAAUACAGUUGAAGCUUUAAAGAGCGAAUUUCAGAAGACACUUAAUGACAAGACAGAAAGCCAGAAGUCCUUGGAGGAGAACCUAGCAGCAGCCAAACAUGAUCUCCUCAGGGUUCAGGAGCAGCUGAGCAUGGCUGAAAAGGAGUUAGAGAAGAAGUUUCAACAAACAGCAGCAUAUCGAAACAUGAAAGAGAUUCUCACCAAGAAGAAUGACCAAAUCAAAGACCUGCGGAAGAGACUGGCAAAAUAUGAAUCUGAAGACUAAAGAUAAGAUUUCACCUGGAACAUGAACAUAUAAGCUGUCCCCACCUCAGGCAUGUAUCUUGAAGCAUUUUUGUCAUAUUCUUUCCUUAUUUUCUCAUUUAAACUUUGAUUUUAAUGUUUAGGACUAGUGUUCCUAUUUUCAGUUCUCUAAUUGAAAAGAGAAAAAAAAAACAUGAUUUAUUUUGAUAUCCCAAAUACUUAUCUGCAGAGUGCUUCAGAGUCUCAGUGAAAAUCCAUGAAAUUUCUUCAUAAUAGAAAAGAGUAUUUAAAAUGGGAAGAAUAGUUACCCUUUUUUAGUAUUAAGAAGGGUGAAUCUUUAAUAUUAGAGGAAAAUCCAGCAACAUCUAUACUUGUAUAUCCAUUCCUCAAGUGUAAAACUAAAUAAUAGAGUUAUUAAUAGUAGUUAUUAUAAAUAAACUUUGCUUUUAUUUUUAAUAAUGAAAUGUUCAUUUACUCUAUCUGAUAAUCAGAAAUGAAUAAAUUGGAAAUGUGGUUACUGUCAGCUUUAGUCAGCAUUUUUACUAAUUAUAAGGGAAAGUAGUCACAGUGAACUGGGGACUAUUAACCCUGGGUGUAUUGUGAGUGCAGCUUAUCAGAACAUAUGCAGACAUAUUUUGCAGACUGACUGGACUCAGAGCACAUGUAAUCUUUAUACUUGUUUUCAGAAUAUCCACUAACUUAGAUGUCAAAUAAAACUCAUUUUAGAAAUUUUGACUCAAAAUAAAUUCAGUGAUCAGACAUCA